GCAGUAGACUGGUGGUGUGCAUCGCGAAAACGAAACGAAUUUGAAAGUUCAUCUAAAACUUACUGCAGUUUUUACGUUUUACUGAAUUGAUUACAUUAUGAACUUUCUUAUCGUAAAGUAACUUAAAUUCGUAAUCGUAAGUUUAGAGGAAACGAAUGUGUUUUAUAUAGAACUUAAUUGCUGACAAUGGCGACCCGCUUCUAUCGAGCUUCUAACUGUAGGACGAGCCGAACCAACGUUAAACACAACCGCAUCAAAAGCAACAGUCAGGUUGAAAGUAGAGGGAAGAUGCUAUAUCCUGAUCAUGCGUAUUCGGACAUCUCUCAUACUCUCGUUCCUGGGACCUAAAGACGAAUGAGAAAGGAACAGGGAAGAGAUAGUUGGAGAAUUCUGGCAGUUAUUAAUUGAGGGGGAAGAAAUUAUAAUGUGGUUGCUGGGUUUCGGAAUGUUCUGAGCGUCUCAUUCGCCCAGAAAGGUAUCGAUCACGAAAGAAAAUGAGCAGUAGGAAAAGGCUGGAUUUCUGAGACCGGAGAGCUGGCAGUCCCCAAGCAUAUCGAACCUGGCCUCUGGAAACUUGGAGCACGUUAUCAGGCGUGUAACACGCGGCCCCUGCCAGACCAAGGCCCGUGCCUGGAGAGAGAGACACAGAGCAUACAGAGAAACACCCAGUCACGCCUAAGACCACGUUUUCAAGACGACUGAGACACGGCAGGCUAUAAACCAAGGGUUCUGGUAGUGUACAGCCAUCUGUGACUGGAUGAGCACGAUGUCUCCACCCUGAAUCUUCAAGGAACUGUCUACAUAACACGAGACUCAAAACUACCAUUUUGAUUUUAGUCUUUGAGCUUAAACUGUUUAACUAAAGUUCCUUGUCCUUAUCUUCUCUAAGACUGAAGUCCGUGGCAGUGCUAUCAAAGUUACUGCUGGUAAGUUUAUUAGCCAGUAGCUCGGUUUGGGCUACACGGAUAACUCUGACACUAUCAAUAAUAGUAUCCUCUACAAUAAUAAUAAGUCGUAUCUGAAAAAAAUAAAAUAAAAAUCUGACUAAAACUGCCCGUUUUGAUCUCUCUCUCUUUUGAACAGUAGCUUUUACAUAAAUCAUUUUCUUAGUUAAUAUAUUUAGAGAGCGUUUAGUGUGCCUUGGGCCUUUUUUUAAACUAAAGUGCCAGCCUACUUUAUCACUAAAACAUAAAUUUUCUCACUUUUCAGGGGCUCUUUAAAAGAGAGAAAAGAUUGGCGCGAUAAUUAAUCGGUUUCCUAAAAGCUACUUUCCUUGAUUAUGUACUUAACCUUUAACUUUUGCAUGAUUCUGAUUGGACAUUGAGAAUCACGUGGGGAGUAAGGAGUGCCAUAUUUGAAAUUAUGUGCUUUUAAAAGUGUGUCAGAGGUUUUCCGAAGUGCAACACUGACAUAAUUCAUCAAAAUUGCGUGGAAUAUUGGACACAAUUAUUUUUGAACUACAAAUCACGGCGAGCAGAUAAAUGAGCUCGUAUCAGUUUGUCAAUUCUCUAACUCCGUGCUACGGCCACCGUGUGCAGGAAGCGGCUGCCCAGGACUACUACACCCCUCAGGUGCCGGCUUACAACAGUUGUUUUAGUGGUCCGGCGUCUCCUGUCCAGCACUAUGGACCUUAUUCUCAACCUACAGUUCCUCCCCUACAGAAUGGGGAUCAUACGCAUUUCAAUAGUUGCAGUCAGCGUCUAAGUCACCCUAAUCCCAGCCCAAGUCCGAGAACGCCGACACCAUCAGUAACACCGGUACCGAGCUGCAAAUAUGCAGAGCCCAGCGCGGCAUCACCGCAGGACCUAAGUACGACUUCCAGUUCACAGCAGCCGGCUCCGACCAGCCCGAAACCCCGAAGUUCACCACAACCUCCGCGGCAGUCUCAACCUCAGCCAACAGGUGGACAUCAGCAGUCACAGUCACCGGGACAACAACCACAGCAGCAACAAAGUUCGCAAUCACAACAAAGCCAAUCAAACCAACCAGCUCAAACUCAGAACAACCAACAAAAAGGAAACGAGUCGUCUAACCAGCCUCACAUUUACCCGUGGAUGAGGAAGACCCACGUUGGACAGAAUGGAGUAAAUGCGAUGGGUGAAACCAAACGUCAAAGAACAUCGUACACUCGCUACCAAACUUUGGAAUUGGAAAAAGAAUUUCAUUUCAACCGUUACCUGACUCGACGCAGAAGAAUAGAGAUCGCCCACGCCCUCUGUCUGAGUGAACGACAGAUCAAAAUCUGGUUCCAGAAUCGUAGAAUGAAGUGGAAAAAGGAGCACAAAAUGGCUAAUACAGUUCCACCUCAGAUACCUCACCACCAGGUGAUGGUUAAUACAGUUCAUGGGUUCAGGGAAUACAACUACAGUAACAGUGUUUAUUAAACAGUUACGUUUCCUCCUCCCUCCCACUCCUGCUGAUGCACAGAAUGGUUUUCACCCUAGGACUUAAAUCAUACAGAGUUGGAAGGAGUUGAUUCAAAGUUCAAUAUCGCCAACUUAUUUAUAAAUGCACGCAGAACAUAGAAAACUAUGACGUAUAUUGCUUAUACGUAACUGUUAGUUUUCUCACGUAACCUCUUCUUUUCAUCCUUAGGGUUUCCUCAGCCAAGUGCUUCAUUCUUAUCGUAAUCAUUAAUGCCUGCACUUGAAAAUUUCAGUUUCAAGCUUCAACAUUUUUUUUUUCACCACCUGAUUUUAUUGUUUUGAGCUACCAACGUGGCGUUAGAGUCACGUUUAAUUGUUUGCCUUUCGUGAGCAGUUGGCUUUAUCAAAAGUUUAAAAGAUGUUCCAAAAUAUUAAAGCAUACAGUUAAUUGAAAUUCACAGAAAGAAGAGUUGAAAGGCCUCCGAAAAGUUUCUGAUGAAUCUUGAUAGACUCUGUGAAAGAAGAUGAAAUUCCUUCUUUGUAAUGUAAAGAGACAUCGAUUUCCGAUGGAGCCUGGUGGCAAAAAAAUAUAUAUAUAAAAAAAAUCGGUCUUUUAGGAUGCGAACUGUAAAAUAGCAAAGCAUGGCAGUCAGAAUUGUGGUGUUCUAAAAGAGUCCGAACUAGCGCGGAAGGAGACAUCUAAUACACCAUAUCUCUUUGAAUAUAUAUAUAUGUACCGACAUUAUAUUAACUUUAAGUUAUUGGUGUAACAAGAUAUUUAAGUAUCCUAAUGUGUGAAAUUAUAAUCUACUUCUCUAGAUAAUUACAUCUAUUCAAAGUGUCGUGUGUGUCGUGUAACUGAAACGUGCACGUGCAUAUCUCAGGGCUGUGUGAAUACAUUACGCUACUGUCUUCUUACAAUUUUUUCUGAUCAUCUCUAAGGUGUGUAAAAAGUCUUUAGGUACCUGGAUUUUGUUUUUUGUGAUGUGUCCCCCUAGCGGCUGGAUAUAAGCCUCCAGUAUUGGCUAAUCACUGUAAAGCUAGGUAGUAUUUCUCGUUGUUAGUGGAUUCCUUCUUUUAGUAUUAUGUAGAAUGGUGACAUACAUAGGUUACAACGUUGGAAAGUAGACUUGGGGAGUCAUUUAAUUUUUUUUUUGUAAGAUUUUGGAGUAAAAAUGUCUGGAUUUAAAUUACAGGACCAAGAUAUGUCAUUCCAUUCUUUACAGCUAUAUAAAGAGAGAUAAUUCAACUUUAGAAGAAUGAAAUAAUGUCAUAUUUUGUUAUUUUUUAUUAACAGAAUAUAGAGGAUACCCGUAUUCGGGUUUGUGCAAUCGGUUUGACCCAUUUACAUCUUGUACAGUUCCAUUAUAUUGUGAAUUUUUUUUUUCUCUUAGUUUAUAAAUAUCCGUUACUCUUCAGUCUUACUUAAGAAACACACAAAAAAUGCUCAUUUGGUUGAUUAAAACAGAAAUAUUAUUAUGUUUCUCUCUGUCUUAGUGGUUUCACUUAAUCCUUUUAAUUAAGUAAUCCCAGAUCCUAUUGGUGGAAUACGUGUGUAAAUAAUGUAAAUGUAAUACUACUAUAUGACGUGUAGAGUAUUAUUGUGAUGUAUUGUUGUCCACUUGAGCUUGGACCUGGUUUUGUGUAGGCCUCUCUUAAGGCUUAGUUCAUAUACUUUGUCAUGUUGAAAAAUAAAUAUUA